AUACUUUUGAAACACAGAUAACAUUACUUCCUGUCUCUCAGUUUCCUGUAUCCAUGGCAACCUCUGUUUUACACACUGAGUGUGGAGGAACCAAUGUGAAGAGUGGUGUUUCCUGAGCAAAUUGUGACUUAAAAAAAAAAAAGAGGUGGAGGGGUGGAGGUCAACAGUGCCACAAAAGAAAUGGAGUUUAGAAAUGUCGCUCUUCAGAUAUAGAAAGAAAACCUUUACUUGAAUCAGCUGAGUGUUAAUAAUAUGAAUUUCCUGUUCUUGCCAAUUUUGAUAUGAACAGAAAAACCAAGAACAGGGCUAUGUGUGGAGUGCGUUUUUCUCUGCCUUGCCUACGACUGUUUCUACUUGUUACCUGUUAUCUUGUGUUAUUAUUCCAUAAAGAGAUACUUGGAUGUUCGUCUGUUUGCCAGCUCUGCACUGGGAGACAAAUUAACUGCCGUAACUUAGGCCUUUCAAGCAUUCCUAAGAAUUUUCCUGAAAGUACAGUUUUUCUAUAUCUGACUGGAAAUAAUAUAUCUCAUAUAAAUGAAAGUGAAUUAAUUGGACUUCAUUCUCUUGUAGCAUUGUAUUUAGAUAAUUCUAGCAUUGUGUAUGUGUAUCCAAAAGCUUUUGUUCAUUUGAGGCAGCUAUAUUUUCUAUAUCUGAAUAAUAAUUUUAUAAAACGCUUGGAUCCUGGAAUAUUUGAGGGACUUUCCAAUCUUCGUAAUUUAUAUUUACAGUCUAAUCAAGUAUCUUUUGUUCCAAGAGGAGUAUUUCAUGAUCUAGUUUCAGUUCAGUACUUAAAUCUACAAAGAAAUCGCCUCACUGUCCUCGGGAGUGGUACGUUUGUUGGUAUGAUUGCUCUUCGGAUACUUGAUUUAUCAAACAAUAAAAUUUUGAGGAUAUCAGACUCAGGCUUUCAACACCUUGGAAACCUGGAUUGUUUGUAUCUAGAAGGUAAUAAUUUAACAAAAGUACCAUCAAAUGCUUUUGAAGUUCUUAAGAAUCUUAAAAGACUUUCUUUGUCUCAUAACCAUAUUGAAGAAAUACAGCCCUUUGCAUUUAAAGGACUUGUCAGUUUGGAGUAUCUCCUCCUGAAAAAUUCAAGAAUUAAAAAUGUUACUAGGGAUGGGUUUAGUGGAAUUAGUAAUCUUAAACAUUUGAUCUUAAGUCAUAAUGAUUUAGAAAAUUUAAAUUCUGACACAUUUAGCUUGUUAAAGAAUUUAAUUUAUCUUAAGUUAGAUAGAAACAGAAUAAUCAGCAUUGAUAAUGAUACAUUUGAAAACAUGGGAGCAUCUUUGAAGAUUCUUAACCUGUCAUUUAAUAAUCUUACAGACUUACAUCCAAGGGUCCUUAAGCCAUUGUCUUCAUUGACUCAUCUUCAGGCAAAUUCUAAUCCUUGGGAAUGUAACUGCAAACUAUUGGGUCUUCGCGACUGGUUAGCAUCUUCAGCCAUUACUCUAAACAUCUAUUGUCAGAAUCCCCCAUCCAUGCGUGGCAGAGCAUUGCAUUAUAUUAAAUGGACUGACUUUACAAAUUGUGUUACAUCUUCAACAAAUGUAUCCAGAGCUUGGGCUAUAAAAUCUCUUCAUAUUCAUCACAAGACCACUGCAUUAAUGAUGGCCUGGCAUAAAAUAACCACAAAUGGGAAACAUUUGGAAAACACUGAGAGUGUUACUUUCUGGGAACGAAUUCGUACUUCACCUGCCAGUAGAUUUUUUCAAGAGAAUACCUUUGGUAAUCCAUUAGAGACUACUGCAGUGUUACCUGUGCAAAUACAGCUUACUUCUCCUGUUAACUUGAACUUGGAAAAAAACAGUGCUCUACCGAUUGAUGCUGCUUCGGUGUCAGGGAAAACAUCUGUAAUUUGUACACAAGAAGUUGAAAAGUUGAAUGAGGCUUUUGACAUUUUGCUAGCUUUUUUUAUUUUAGCUUGUGUUGUAAUCGUUUUUUUGAUCUACAAAGUUGUUCAGUUUAAACAAAAACUAAAGGCACCAGAAAACUCAGGGGAAAAUAGACUUGAAUACUACAGCUUUUAUCAGUCAGCAAGGUAUAAUGUAACAGCUUCAAUCUGUAACACUUCCCCAAAUUCUCUAGAAUGCCCUGGUUUGGAGCAGAUUCGACUUCAUAAACAAAUUGUUCCUGAAAGUGAGGCACAGGUCAUUCUCUUUGAACAUUCUGCGUUAUAAUUCAACUGAAUAUUGACUAUAAGAAAACCUCAGUGUCAUGGACAUGAAUAAAACUGAAGCAUCCUUAUAGAAUUAUAGACUUUAUUUGGAUAUAUAAUGAAUUAUAUGAGCUUAGCAUUAAUAAAUAUGUUUUUAAUAA